AUGACGUGGAUGGCAGAACAUGGCACAGGUAAAGGGUAUCCAGUUCUUAAAGGGAAGCGGGUGGUCUGCUGCUUCUUUCCUGGUGUAUGCAGAAAUGAUGUAGUCCAAGCUGCUGUUAUGUCAGUUGAUUAUCAUGGAGCAUUAUUGUCUAUACGCAGACUUGCAGAAGAAGCAGUAUGUGGAGGUACUGUUGGUGCAAUUCUGACAUGUCCACUAGAAGUUGUGAAAACAAGGUUGCAGUCCUCCUCUGUGACUCUCUACAUCUCUGAAGUCCAUCUCAACACUGUAAAUGGUGCUACCGUCAAUCGGGUAACUAGAGUUUCUCCUGGACCUCUCCAUUGUUUGAAGAUGAUCUUGGAAAAGGAAGGUCCUCGCUCUCUUUUUAGAGGGCUGGGUCCUAAUUUGGUAGGCGUUGCUCCUUCCAGAGCCAUAUAUUUUGCUGCUUACUCAAACUGCAAGGAAAAGUUGAACAAUAUUUUCAAUCCAGAUUCUACCCAGGUACACAUGAUUUCAGCUGGUGUGGCAGGUUUUACUGCAAUCACAACCACCAAUCCCAUUUGGCUAGUAAAGACACGAUUACAGCUCGAUGCAAGGAAUCGUGGAGAAAGGCGAAUGAGUGCUUUUGAAUGUGUCCAGAAAGUUUAUCGAUCAGAUGGUAUUAAAGGCUUUUACAGAGGAAUGUCAGCAUCAUAUGCAGGCAUAUCUGAGACUGUUAUUCAUUUUGUUAUUUAUGAGAGUAUUAAGCGAAAACUACUGGAGUAUAAAACUGCUUCUGGCAUGGACAAUGAGGAUGAUUCAUCAAAGGAAGCUUCGGACUUUGUUGGAAUGAUGAUGGCUGCUGCCACUUCUAAAACUUGUGCAACAUCUAUAGCAUAUCCUCAUGAGGUUGUACGAACAAGGCUAAGAGAAGAGGGAACAAAAUACAGAUCUUUCUUCCAGACAUUAUCUUUGCUUGUGCGAGAAGAAGGAUAUGGAGCCCUCUACCGAGGUUUAACUACACAUCUGAUCAGACAGAUUCCAAACACAGCUAUCAUGAUGUCAACCUAUGAAGUGGUAGUCUACCUGCUGGAUGGAUAGCAGUGUCACAAGGCCUUCUAGAGGAAGGUGGAAGACUGAAAGACUGCAGUGGACCACCAAAUGUUAAUGCUGGUGUCAUGGGCAGAAGGAAAAUUGUAUCAGGAACAUGCAGCUAUGGAUGAAAUAGAAGAUUGAUUGUGGGCAACUAUGAAUAAUUGUGCUGCCUUAUUGUAUGGUCUCUUGGCAAUGUGACAAAUGGGGGCUGCCCCUUAGGGAAUGCCUUUACACACCUCUUAAUUCAAAAUUGCUGUUUGCUUUACAUGUCUUAAUUUAGACAAGGCCAUUCAGUCAGCUUCAGAGGCCUGAUGAGUGAGCAGGGGGGCAUGAAAUAAAUCCGAGGUCAGCCCUAUUUGCUUCUCUAAGUGAUCGCUCUUCAGUGCACUUUUCUGUUCUGUUUUAUUGCACAGUAACCUUGUUGGAAGGAUGGGGAAGAUCAGAUUACAUACUUAUACCUUUCCAUACCUGAAACGACUUUCACCUGCUCUGAAGACUGUAUUACAGAGACUGAGGUAGCAUUUGGCAUGUGUAGUAUUUCCAUGUUGCUACCUCAAGGUAAAAUAUAGCGCAGGGACACAGAACUGAAAUAUUUCCUUACUGCAAAAGGUGACUUAACCCUCCACCCUACCCUUGAUGGUUGAGCAGUGUUGUAGGUUAGGAGAGAAGAUCGAAUUGUUGAACUCCUCAGGUUACCAAGCUCUUAAUACUGGUGUACGCAGUUUUCUAGUUCUGCUGCAUCAUCUCUUCCCCCCCUUUCUCCCCCCUCCUUUCUAGAAGCAAGAGACCCAUAAAACAUUCUCUAUCAAUUUUCCUUGCCAACUUGUCAGGUCACUCGCGCAACUAAGGAAGAAUUUGCUGAAUGUUGUUUAAUAGUAUCCUUAGGGAUUGUCAGUGUAAUGGUAUAUCCUAACUAGUCCAGCCUACUGUUUGUGAAGACAGGAUUUCUCAGUUUCAUGCUUCCCAAGAAUAAGUUAUAUUAUCCUGAAACUACUCUUUGCAAAGCCUGACCUAGCUUACAAAUACCUGCAUUGGAGUACAGGGGAAGAACACAUAUCACCGUGGCUAAGACAACCAGAAAGCGGAAAAUGAAGUUGGAGUUAAGAGUUUUUUCAGUGUAGUGAGCCUCUGAUCAGAGUGAUGGAGAAAAUCGUAAUGGAGAAUAUUUUGUAAGCAUUCCCUUUUAAAAUUGUUGUAUCACUUCUUUCAACUUGAGCCUGCGUACAGAGCUGCAGCUGACAGUAUAACCUUGUCCCCUGAAUUGUCUGAAUAUUCAGGCAUUAUUUUUUCAUUCUUUUGCCAGUAGUUUGUAGAACAAUGUGUUGCAUUCAGCAGCAGGACUUAGCUAGUUUGUUCUAUCAUAAUUUACAGGGUUUUCCAAAACCAUACAGCUGGAAUGUCAGAGGUUUAAUGUUACAAGAACUUAUAUAGCUUUGUAAACAAACCUUUCAUCUGCACCUUGACUACUUCUCAAACUGCAUCCAUGGUCCUUAUGAGGAAGGUGACAUUAUAAAUCAGGGGCCAUAGCUUUCUAUACAUAAAUGCUGCUACACUGGUAUGACAGAACUGUGCAGUCAGCUCUUCCAGUGUGGUACUUCAGUAUACUUAACUGUGUUGUGUGCAAUGGCUUUAUCUUAUGAAUGACUUAUGCACUUUGUGGCCUUCUUCUGGCUUGUGACUCUUCUUUCUCUUACUGGUUAUCUAUAGCCCAAACCUGCAUUCAAUACGUGCAGUUCUAUUUUAAACAAAGCAUGUGGUUUGGUUUCCAUCUGAGCUCUGCAGGAUAAAGCAUUAUAUGCUGUAGAUCAAUAGGAUCUCUUGCAGGAGUUCUGUAGGUUAUGUGUAAAGGCUCAAAGCUUACAGAAUGAUCAGUCUGAUUUUUCAUUUGUUUUGCCUUAUUUUGACCCCAUCAUGUCCUCCACACUAUGUCAGAAAUAUUUCAGUACUCUACAUAGUUCUCUGUACUAAUUGCUCAUGCCUCUUAAGAGCCGCCUACAGAGUGCAGUGCCCACUGUAGUGUCCUUGCAGUGGAGAUUUGGCUGGAUUGACUUGUUGUUGGAAAAUCAUCUUGCCCUUUUUAAAGAAGGGAUACCAUGGUCUGCAAUUUGCCUAGAAAUGAACGUGAUUAUGUUAAGCAAGCAAGGGGAGUAUUUAAAUGUAUCUUCUAAAAUGGGCUUUUUUUCUAAUAAUAUUUCCAGAAAAAAUUUUGCAGUAUUUUGUAUUAUUAUUGACUCUCUGGCUUUUUAGGUCUUGCUAUGAUAACAUUUUUCAGAUAACUAAGUACAGGAAUAGCCGGUUACUAGAAUCUCUGUUCUGAAGAAAGUAGGUUACUCUUUGGGUAUCCAGAUGGUUCAGUCAUAGCUAAAUUUCCAGUUGGCAAGAAAAUGCAGGAGACUUUAUUCAGUGUUGAAGUUCAUGAAUACAGUUGAUAUUGGAUUAGCCUAGGUUUCAUGAGUUACUCUGUUUAGUGGAUCAGUUCCCCUUGGUUGCAUGUACCUCUCCUCUGUUAGCUUGCUGGGUACCAUGUGUGUGCCUUGUCUGAAUGAGGACAGGCUCCAUGCAAUCACUUCAAAAACAGAAGUUUUAAAGUAGAAAAUGUGAACUCCCAUACCCAACUGUCCUUGUUAACAGCCAAGAGGAGACAAUCAGCUUUUUGUUCCACUUUUCUAAUUGGGGGUUAGGCGAUGUUUUAAACUUCAGGGGUGAUUAUUCUUGUUUGUUUGCUUUUAUGUAACAAAAUAUAAGCCCAAAGUUACUUGGGAUUUUUGUCUUAUUUUUUAACUAGCAGUACAAAGUUACCUCUGAAAUAUUUCCCAAAGAUCUUUAAAUUAUUUAUAAAAUUUUCUUUAUAAUAAAAUCUCAAAGGGAAUAAGAUGCUACAUUCAGUGAUAUCCUUAACUAAAAAACUGAAAGUACAUUCAAACUUCCUUGUAACUUAGAUGGUCAUCUCACUUUAUAUUUUCAUGUAGUGCUUAUGUCACUUUUUCUCAGCUACAGAGGCAAAGGCCUUGGGUGUGUGAAGCUGUUCUCAGUGAUGAGUUUCUUUCCACAUAUGUCCUGUGCUUAGAUGAAACUUAAAAGUAACAUUUUGCAAUGAUAUUUAACUUGGCAAUCAGUUAGACUGUGCAAGACUGCAGUUUUCUACAUCCAUCAAAAGAUGGCACUGGAGCAUGCCCAGAUCGGGGGUUGCUGUGUGUGUGCCAGCAGGGGCUGUCCUUGGAGUACCUGAAGCGUCGUGGUGUGACCCGGCAGGGGAGGAUGCCCGGGUGUGAACAAGUGCUGUGGAGGUGCAAUCAGGUGCUGCAGCCCCUGUUCCUGGGCAGCGCCUGCGCUGCGGUGGCGAAGCAGGUGAGUGCUGGGCAUCAUGGUGCACCAGGCCCAGCCUUUCAGCUGGCUGCUAGGUCUGCUCUUGCUCUGUUUCUCAUCUGCUAGUGUAUGUUGUUUUUAAGUAGGCUUACACUUGGGUAUCUCGGAGAUUGUUUUUGGUUAUUUUAAUUGUACAUAACUGAAACAUCAGCCUCUCCACUUGUAUAUUGUCCUUACACCAAUAUAGUUCCCUGUUUACAUAAUGCACUCUGUACAUUUCCUUUCUAACUGAGGUGUCUGGUAAUGACAGUUUCUGUUAUACUGUUUGUGUUCUUUAUAACUAUCUUUGUAACAUUCCUCGGAGUGUAGCAUUUUAAAGGAAUGCUUCCAGAGAAAAAGAUUGGAGAUCCUUUCUAAAUGUUGCUUCAUAUUUAAAAUCUAUUUAAAUUCAGAAAACAAGCUGAACACUGAAGUGUGCCUCGGUAAAUGUAACCUUUUUCUCUUUAACUUUCUGUCUGUGAAGGCUUGGUCAUGUAAGUUUUCGUUUCCUCUAUUUAAGAGAAUCUGCCUACCCUGCAUAUGUGAACAUAAUUAUGCCCUAGGAGUCAUAGCUAAACACUCACAAAUGACAGUUUGAGAGUACUUUAAUGCUUAUGUGAGGUUUGCUGCUAUUCUUGCAUACAUGUAGUUUGCUGUAAACUAUGUGCAUUUUACUCUGUAUUUAUAUAGCUAACUUUUUUGUUUGGAUUGUUUUCAGCGUAAAAGCAAAUUAAAAUUAUGUGCUCCUA